CGCUGUAGCCAUUUCGCCACACGGAGAGCUUCAAUGAGUGAGCGGCCGACAUCCGAGUCGGUCUGCUGAGGAGAAUCCAACCCCGGGCCCCGCGCGCACACUUCCCCCUCCGCCGCGGAACGCGCACGGACGGAAACUUUGAACUCUCCCAUGCGCCACGCGCGUGGAAAACAGAGCGUGGACGAGGCUUUUUGAGGCACGUUGUUUUUUUUGGGGGGGUUUUGUUUUCGGGCACCGUUGCGUUAGUUCCCCCGUCUAUCUCCCUGUCUUUAUCCGUCUGUCUCCUUUCCCUCCGUCCCUCUGCGUGUAUGUGGAGGCUGAACGGACAGCUGGGCUUCUAUGAGAAUCGCGCUCGGUUUGCGGCGGCGAGAAGAGACGAGAGAAGUUCGGUCGUUCGCCUCGCGGGGCUGCGGAGCCGGAGAAGAGACGCGGGAGAAGUGCGGGGUGGAUAGUGGGGGGGAAGAUGGUGAGAAGGGGCUCCCUGUGCGUCCUGGCGCUGUGUCUGGGCUUCGCGUCCCCGCCGUGCGCUGCCCGGAUUUACACCAACCACUGGGCGGUCAGGAUAGUCGGAGGAGCGGAGUUCGCUGAGCGGAUAGCGGAAAAAUACGGCUACAGGAACAUGGGACAGAUUGGGGACCUGAAAGACCACUACCACUUCUUUCACAGCCGGACUAUCAAGAGGUCCACUCUGUCCAGCCGUGGCCGCCAUAGUUUCAUCUCCAUGGAGCCUAAGGUGGAGUGGAUAGAGCAGCAGGUGGUGAAGAGGAGGAUCAAGAGGGAUUACAAACCGGUUCCGCCCCUUUCUCUGUCAAGACCCGCCCACAGCAGCCUGGCCCAAAACAACAUCUUCUAUAAUGAUGCCAAGUGGAGCAGUAUGUGGUACAUCCACUGCAAUGAUGAUGUCCAUAACUGCCAGUCAGACAUGAACAUCAUGGGGGCAUGGAAGAGGGGCUACACUGGCAAAGAUGUGGUGGUGACCAUAUUAGACGAUGGCAUUGAGAGGAACCACCCAGACCUCGUUCAGAACUACGACCCUCAGGCCAGCUUUGAUGUCAAUGGCAAUGAUAUGGACCCCAUGCCUCGUUAUGAUGCAAGUAACGAGAACAAACAUGGGACACGGUGUGCUGGUGAAGUUGCUGCAGCAGCUAACAACUCCCACUGCAUUGUGGGAAUUGCCUAUAAUGCCAGGAUAGGAGGUGUGCGCAUGCUGGAUGGAGAUGUGACAGACAUGGUAGAGGCUAAGUCUUUGAGCCUCCAGCCGCAGCACAUAGACAUCUACAGUGCCAGCUGGGGACCCGAUGAUGACGGAAAGACUGUAGACGGGCCAGCUUCACUGGCAAGGCAGGCCUUCGAGAAUGGCAUCCGCAUGGGGAGGAAGGGGCGUGGUUCCAUCUUUGUGUGGGCGUCGGGCAAUGGCGGACGCAGCAGGGACCACUGCUCUUGUGACGGCUACACCAACUCCAUCUACACCAUUUCUAUCUCCAGCACGGCUGAGAGUGGCCGUAAACCCUGGUAUCUGGAGGAGUGCUCCUCCACUCUGACCACCACCUACAGCAGCGGCGAGAACUACGACCGAAAGAUUAUCACAACAGACCUGAGACAUCGGUGCACAGACAGUCACACGGGAACGUCAGCCUCGGCUCCCAUGGCGGCGGCCAUUAUUGCGUUGGCCCUGGAGGCAAACCCCCUGCUAACAUGGAGGGACGUCCAGCAUAUCAUUGUAAAGACAUCUAGAGCAGGACAUCUCAAUGCCCCUGACUGGAAGACCAACGCUGCCGGUUACAAUGUCAGCCACCUGUAUGGCUUUGGACUGAUGGAUGCUGAGGCCAUGGUGAAGGAGGCAGAGCGAUGGAAGCAAGUCCCUGCCCAGCACAUUUGUGUGGAGAGUGCAGACCGACAGAUCAGAACUAUCCGUUCCGAGCAUGUGGUGCGUUCUGUGUACAAGGCGACGGGCUGCACUGACAACCCAAACCACCAUGUGAUCUACCUUGAGCAUGUGGUCGUACGCAUUACAAUCACACAUCCUCGCCGUGGGGACCUGUCAAUAAACCUCACCUCACCCUCCGGGACCAAGUCUCAGCUGCUUGCCAACCGGUUGUUCGACCAUUCCAUGGAAGGGUUUAAGAAUUGGGAGUUUAUGACCACUCACUGCUGGGGGGAGAAGGCAGCAGGAGACUGGAUACUAGAGAUCCAUGACUCACCAUCUCAGCUCCGCAGCCAGAAAGUGCCAGGCAAACUAAAAGAGUGGUCACUGGUCCUUUAUGGCACCUCUGUACACCCAUACUCAUCUCUGCGCAAUGACAAGCCCCGCUCCACAGACCUGCUGGCACCUACUGAUGAGGAGUUCACAGAGGAGUACAAUGGCCCCUGUGACUCUGAGUGCAAUGAGAAUGGCUGUGAGGGUCCUGGACCCCACCACUGUAUCAACUGCCUCCACUAUUUCCUCAAGUUCAAGAACAACACCAGGAUGUGCGUUUCGGAGUGUCCAAGUGGGUUCUUCCGUGACGAUAGGAAGCGCUGCAAGAAGUGCUCAUCGCUGUGCGAGAUGUGCAUCGGUAGCCGGAGUGACCAGUGCACUACAUGCAGGGCGGGUUUCCAUCUUAACGAGGGUUCAAACACCUGCGUCGCCAGUUGUGCUGACAGCUUCUUCCUCGAUCACGACUCAAACAUGUGCAGGAGAUGCCCAGAGAACUGUAAGAAGUGCACCAUUUCCAAUAUCUGCACAGAAUGUAAACCUGGAAUGAGUCUUCAAGGAAACAAGUGUCAGAUGGCGUGUGACCCUGGAACUUAUUACAAUGGCCACAGAAGGACUUGUGAGCCCUGUCAUCGGGCAUGUGCCACCUGUGCAGGAACGGGGAUGGAGGCAUGUACUAAGUGUGCGGAGGGCUACAUGCUGGAGGAAUGGAGAUGUGUAUUGACCUGCAGUUCUGGCUACUACCAGGCAGUGCAGACCUUAGACAAUGGACAGUUGCUGAGGUCCUGCAAGAAGUGUGACCAUAGCUGCUAUGAGUGCUCAGGGCCUGGCGAAAGAAACUGCAGCACCUGUGUCAGUGGUUAUAAUCUGGAGGAUGGAGUGUGUGUUGUCAGCACUAUCUGCAAAGAUGCAAAUGAAGAAUCCUGGGCGGAAGGCAGUUUCUGCGUGCUUGUAAAAAAGAACAAUCUUUGCCAGAGGAAAGUGCUGCAGCAACUGUGCUGCAGAACAUGCUCGCAAAAGGGCUGACGGGACAUCCUCGCUGGGCAUAAAUGGGGUGUGGAGGGGAUGCAGCGGGCACCCCUCCAUCUCAUCUGCCCCUGGCCCACUCAUUCACAGUAACAUAAUUUAUAAGAGAAUCUGUGCCUCUUAAAGGGACUGCAUCGGAGGUACGAUGACAGGACUACAACAAACCUACCUUUUUUUCUGUACUGGGACACAUGCACGUGGUCAGGGUGUAAAAUGACUGGGACUUAUUUCAAGAGCAAACAAAAAACAAAAGUGAUAACAAAACAAACAAAAGUGUCGGUAUUUUGUGACCAAAGGAUCGAUGCCAAAAUAAUUGUACCUUUUUUGUUGCCAGUGUAGGGUGCAUAGCUAAAGCAGAGCCAUUCAGCCUGUGAAUCUCUGAUUACGUCUGUGUGCAUUUUUAGUUCGCCUCCUUUUCCCUCUGUCUUUCCAGUCAUAAUGAUGAACAGAUGGAAACUGAUGAACGUACAGUAGGAAAGGCCCUGGUUUGUCUGUCAGUAAAUAAACAUCAAAAGGAGAAAGAAAAAAAAAAAGCUCGCUCAAAAAUGUGAAAACAAUGUCUGUCUGGGCUGACUUUUGCUAUCUAGGGAAGUGAAGACAAACACACACAGGUCAAAUUGAUUCUCUCUGUCUCACAAACUCAUCUACAGAUAAGACUUUCACACAACCAACACUUGAAUUUACAGGUGCUACAGUGGCACUGUAUCCCAAGACGGAUGCUCAUUAUCAAACAAAAUCACCUCAGCUUGUGUUUGUGUUUAUUUAAAUGCAUAGAUUUGCCCUCUAAGUGUAUGUAUGUGUGCACUUGUACGUUUAUGCAUUUGUGUGUGUGUGUGUGUGCGUGCGUGCGUGCGUGCGUGCGUGCGUGCGUGUGUGUGUGUGUGUGUGUGUGUGCAUGCGCAUGCGUGCGGGUGUGCGCGCGUGCUUGUGUGUCUAUGUCUUUGUCUUUUGGUUUGUGUGGAAGCAUGCCAUUACUUCUUGAUGUAAGCCCAGACAGCAUUGAUUGAUUCCAGAGGUACUAUAAGACAAGUCAAUAGUCAUUUCUUCCAGAACUUUCUGUAGAAAACAAAAAAACGCAGUGAGUCAUGAUGAUUUUGUGGUACUAGGGAUGCACCGAUCCUGACUUUAUUUUACUGCUGUUAUGAUCGUGGCUAGUAAACUGUGAAAUGUGGUCCAAAACCGAGUGUUCAUCUUGUCCAUUAUUUUCACACAAUCAUCUAGAACCAGACCACUAGUUUGUAGUCCUUGGAUAAAAUGACUGUCGAAAUUUUCACCAUAUGCGGGCUAUAAUACCCUUGAAAAAUGCCCAAAUUCAUGUUGCUUUAAUUUUGUUUUUUGUUUUUUUGUUUGUUUGUUUGUUUGUUUGUUUGUUUUUUGCCAUUUAUAUUUGAUCCUUGUUUUGGGAUUUUUUUUUUUUUGGAAAAGGGAAAGUCUCCCAAGUUUCAGUACCUUCUUUUCUUUCUUUUUUUAGGGCAGGAUCAGCCCAAUGUUCCCUAGACAUAAUAUCGGUGCAUCCCUGCAUGUUCCUCAUCUCACACAAAGGAUUUACGAGUUCAUGCUCUUUAUCAUUCCAUUCCAUGGCAUUGCAUAUGAACUAAAGUAUUAUUUCUACACUUUUGGCAUGGAGGGUCAGUAAUUGGCACAGAAAAAAAACAUCUUAAACUUGUUUCAUUUGCUGGUAAUUGUCGUUGACGGGUAGACAGCAAAAAGCCAUGACGCAGGUAACCUUAGUACUGAGCACACCAGAGCUGGUUUUGGUUUAAAUGGGAUAAAUUGAGGAAUGUCAUUUGGUUCAAAAUUCAAUCGUAAACACGUUUGGCAGUAAAAAAAAAAUAAUUAUAUCUAAUGUACUCAAAAAAACACUAGUAAAUGCAUCUCAUGUUUCAUGUUACUUGUUAUACUGAUGAGUGAAAAAUAAAUUGAUACCAGUCCUGUUCUAAAUGUCAUUUAGUUUCUGCAUCUUGGGCAGGAAAAGGAAGUACAAAGCCAGGUGUGUGUCCAGUCAGGUUGCCUAUCCAAGAUUUCACUCUGCAAGGUCAAAACUUGUUGCGUUUUCAAAGCACUCACCAAUGCUCUGCGACAUGCGCCUCUGUGUGAACGCUCUGUGCUGCCACAGCUGCGAGCGGCCAGCAGGCUUCACAUGUAUGGCGUUGGGUACAGUCUUUAUCUCAAACCUUACCAGAUGGAACUUGGAUUUUUUUUUCUUCCAGUGGUGCUGGAUUCUAAAAAAAAAAAAAAAAAAAGCAAAACAAAAAAAACCAAACAAAAACAAAAUAAAGUUCAAGAUUAUUAUUCUAUUUCUGUGGGUUUUCACACCCGCAGGUUGAGCAAUUACAGUAUUAGAUGAAUUGUUGUACUGUCGACUGUUUAUGGGUCUUGAUGAUUUGUAAUAAAGAUUGAUGAAUCCCCUUUUUGGUUAACAAAACUUAUUCUUGGUCAUUGUUUUAUGAUGACUAGAAUCAACUUUAGGCUGUGUGAUGGUAGACACACACGCUCCCUCCUAUAAAAGCUGUUUUUUAUCAUGUACCUGUGAUAUGUCUGUGACAAUGCAUUAUUAAUGUUACUCAAAGGCCUAGUUUUGAAAAUCUUUUUUUAAGUGUUCUUAUUAAA